CCCCGCUUCUGUCUUUUUCUCUUACGUUGUCUCUCCAGUUUAAGCCCGAAAGCAGCCAUGGAAAAAAAGCACGUAGCUUUCGAUUCGAGCUCCAAGGACGACAACGAAGCGCCCAUCAACAGAGACCACGGCUGGCAAAAGGUCACCUAUGCUAAGCGGCUGAGGAAGACCAAGCCCUCUGACUCCGUCACCAAUCACAAUAAAACCAUCCCCAACGGUUCUGUUGGCGGAGCCGACAAUGUCUUCCGAUCACUGGAGCAGCAGUCCGAGGACCGCCGGAGGCGAAUUCUUGAGGCUCAGCAAGCUGCCGCCAUUGAAGACGCUCCUGUCAGAUCAAAGCACCGGACGGACGAUGAGGACGCAGAGGAUAGCGAGGCCGAGGGUGUGUUGGAGGACGGGAAGGUCGACGAGGCCAAGAAAGUCAAGCCGAAGAAGCCAAAGAAGCCCAAGGUUACAGUUGCCGAGGCCGCCACGAAGAUCGACGCGGACCAUCUCUCGGCUUUCAUUGCCGAGAUCUCGGCGUCGUUUGAGUCGCAGCAGGAGAUACAGCUGAUGCGAUUUGCGGAUUACUUUGGGCGCGCAUUUUCGGCGGUGAGUGCGUCGCAGUUUCCGUGGGUAAAGAUGCUCAGGGAGUCCACGGUGGCGAAAUUCGCUGAUAUUCCUAUUUCGCACAUCUCCGAAACUGUUUACAAGACCUCAAUUGACUGGAUCAACAGACGGUCGCUUGAGGCACUUGGUUCGUUUGUAUUGUGGUCUUUAGACAGCAUUUUCGCUGAUUUAGUAAGCCAGCAAGCUGGUGCCAAGGGCUCUAAAAGGGGUGGGCCUCAAGUAUCAUCUAAAUCACAGGUUGCGAUGUUCGUAGUUGUUGCGAUGGUUUUGCGGAGGAAACCUGAUGUAUUAGUUAACCUAUUGCCGACUUUGAGGGAAACUUCUAAGUAUCAGGGGCAGGAUAAGCUUCCAGUUAUCAUAUGGAUGAUAGCGCAGUCCUGUCAAGGAGACCUGGCUGUAGGAUUGAAUGCAUGGGCAUGCAACCUCUUGCCUUUGGUCAGUGGAAAAAGUUGUAAUACACAGUCCAGGGAUCUGGUUUUGCAGCUGGUGGAGAGAAUUUUGUCUGCCCAAAAAGCUCGCUCUAUUCUAGUAAAUGGUGCUGUUAGGAAGGGGGAGAGGUUGAUGCCACCUUCUGCAUUGGAGAUACUCAUGCGAGUUACCUUCCCUGCAUCUUCAGCUAGAGUCAAGGCUACUGAAAGGUUUGAGGUUUUAUAUCCCACCCUAAAAGAGGUGGCUCUUGCUGGCUCCCCUGGAAGCAAAGCAAUGAAACAAGUUUCGCAGCAGAUAUCGUGUUUUGCUGUCAAAAUGGCAGGGGAAAGCACUCCUGAGUUAUCCAAGGAAGCGACUGAUAUUUUCAUUUGGUGCUUGACCCAAAAUGCUAAUUGUUUCAAGCAGUGGGACGAGGUUUAUGAGGACAACCUAGAAGCAAGUGUUGCUAUUUUGAAAAAAAUUUCUGAGGAAUGGAAGGAGCAUUCUGUCAAACUAUCUCCUCUUGACCCUUUGAGGGAAACACUCAAGAGUUUUAGGAACAAGAAUGAGAAAGCAUUGACUAGUGGGGCAGAUGCUGCUCGCCAUGCACUGUUCAAGGAUGCAGACAAAUAUUGUAAGUCAGUGUUGGGAAGGGUAUCUCAUGGCCAUUGGUGCAUGCGUGUGGGCAUCGCUGCACUGUCGGUGCCUUUGCUGUUGGUACUGCUGUCGAACAUGGAGUCUUCAGAUUGGAGGAAACUCUCUGUAGUUUUUAGCAGUCAGCAAUCUUUCUGACCAGGAUUCUAUUUAUAGUUGCAACCAUUGGUAUCCGGCAUGGGCAAAGUAAUACAGUUUGCCCCAUAAUAAAGUGGUAGAGAAAGGAUGGUUGUAUACUUCUUUGAAUCCCAAUGGGAUAAAGAACUAGAAGUAGUUGAAGGAAUACUGCAUGAUGGUCUCAUUUGGUAUGGUCCAGUUUGAAUGGAUUUCAUUUUUGUGUUUCUUUUCAUCUCUCUUCACAGCCGUUUGUUUUGUUUUUUAAAGAUAUUUACUUCUAACAUCGACAGUACCGCUAGAUUUUUGAAGAGAUGAAUACAGUUGUAUUCUGAGAUGAUUAUAUUUUAAUUGAGAAGAAAUGUUGACA